CUCAUUUACAGCACAUACAUCGAUCUUUUUGGUAAAUCCAUCUGCCCGGCCUAUUUGUUCGAGACACGACGACUUUUGUACUCAGUCAUAUAUACAAAUCCAUAGAUGGCUGACCCCCCUCCUCCACCACAAAAUCCUAAAAUUUUGGAAGUUGAGUUACCAGCGAAAACCAAUGUCGUGAGCACCUCUAACCGCCGCAGCAGCCCAAAUGCCACCGGAAAACAUCCUACAUAUCGCGGGAUAAGAAGUCGCAGUGGCAAAUGGGUUUCGGAGAUUCGGGAGCCACGUAAAAGCAAGCGUAUCUGGCUGGGGACUUACCCAAGGCCGGAGAUGGCAGCGGCAGCAUACGAUGUGGCCGCGUUGUCGCUCAAAGGCGGUGAUGCCGUGUUGAACUUUCCAGAUUUCGUUGGGUUGUACACAGUGCCGGCGGUGCCGGAGCCUGCCUCAAUAAGGAGCGCGGCGGGGGCUGCAGCCGCGCUCAUGAAGUCUUCUACGCCGGAUCUAAUUUCGUUAGAUGAGGUACCGGUGGUGACCGGGAAUGAGUUUAUGGAUGAAGACGCUAUAUUCGGUAUGCCUAAUUUGUUGGUGGAUAUGGCGGAAGGAAUGCUGAUGAGUCCACCACCACCGCAGCCCAUCACCGAUUAUCUUACUCACGGUGAUUCUUCGGAUUGUGACAAUUUGUGGAGCUACUAGCUACCUAGGUUUCUUUCUGUUUGUUCAAAAAUCAUUUAAUUUAUAUAUAUAUAUAUAUCUGUGAUUAAGAAAAAUAUAUAUUGAAAUAAAUUAAAAGAGAGAUGUCAACAAA